AUGCUUGUGAUGGAGGGCAAUUCGCAGGCUCAGAGGGACUCGGAUUCCGUGUCAGAGGUCCACUCUGACUCGCCAGCGUCGUUCGACCUCGCACCGAGGCAUUACUACCACAAGAGCGACGAGUACGCGGAUGAGUACCCUGCUGGGGUGCCAUCCUCGCUGGGAUCGCUGCAACAAGCCGUGUCGAGGACGCGUACGAAAGAGAUCGGCAGCGAUAGUGGGGACGAGUCAGGGUCCCCCAGUGGGAUCAAACAGGAUGGCCACGAGUCUGAGGACGAGGGACAGCCAGAGGAGGUGUCCACGGCACCAUACACGCUUCUAUCGUACUCGCAGAAGUGGGGGAUGGUUGCAGUGCUCACGAUGUGCGGGUUCUGGUCCUCGCUCGGUUCACCCAUUUACUACCCUGCGCUGAGACAGCUCGAGAAGGAGUUCCAUUUGAACGAGAGUCAAGUUAACGUCACCGUUGUCGUGUACUUGCUCUUCCAGGGGAUCGCGCCGACUUUUUCCGGUGGGUUAGCGGACAGGUACGGCCGGAGACCCAUCAUCUUGGGUGGCAUGCUUGUCUACGUCGUCGCGUCCAUCGGGCUCGCAAGAGCGCCUUCCUACGGUGUCAUUGUCUUCCUCAGAAUCGUCCAGAGUAUAGGGAUCUCCCCGACAAUCGCCAUCAGUUCAGGUGUAGUCAGCGACUACACCCUCAAGAGGGAAAGAGGUACUUUCGUCGGGGCCACUUCCGGAUUCGUGCUCAUUGGACAGGGGAUUGGACCCUUACUGGGGGCAGUCAUCGCUGCUCGUUGGGACUGGAGAGCUAUCUUCUGGUUUCUAGUUAUAGGCUGCGGUACCUCAAUGCUCAUUGCGUUUUUCCUACUACCGGAGACAAAGAGAACCAUCGUUGGGAAUCUGUCCAUCGAACCUAAAAAACUGAUCAACAAGAACCCACUGUUCCUUCUUCCUGGCGUGAGACGCAGGUUCAAAUACGACAACCCGGAUUACGAGACAUUGGACCCGACGAUCCCGGAACUGGACCUUGUUUCCGCGUUCAAGAUCACCGCAAGACCAGAGAUCUUCCUCUCGUUGUUCCCCGCGGGGAUGCAGUUCGCCAUGUGGACGCUUAUGCUUUCGUGUAUCGCGUCGCAACUGUCCAUCGCGCCUUACAACUACCACCUAACGAUUGUCGGUGUCUGCUACCUCCCAGCCGGGAUCGGUGGUCUAUGUGGGUCCUUCUUCACGGGUAGGAUCAUCGACCUGUACUACCGGAGAGUGGUACGCAAGUUCCAACAGGAUAAAGCGGAGGGGAAGAUCCCUGAGAACCAAGUGUUCAACAUCUUUAGAGUGCGGCUCAUGUGUGUACUCCCCCAAAACUUCAUCGCCGUGGUUUCGUUCUUGCUGUUUGGGUGGUCUGUGGAUAAGGGGUGGAAGAUCCCCGCUGCGUUGAUCACGUCGUGUGUAAGCUCGUACUGUGCGAUGAGCACGCUGUCCACGAUGACCACAUUGCUUGUUGAUUUGUACCCUAAGAAAUCGUCCACUGCAAGUUCAUGUUUCAACUUCGUGAGGUGUUCACUGUCGUCGAUCUUCAUGGGGUGUCUUGCGAAGAUGAAGACAUCGAUGACUGUGGGUGGCACUUUCUCCUUCCUUUCGGGGUUACUCCUUUGUGCUAAUUUCCUUACAUUCAUCCCCAUGAUGUACGGUUUGAAAUGGAAGAUGAGCCGUGAGGCGAAAGACGAGGAUGCCAGACAGGUCAGACAGGAGAAGGAGGAGAUACACUACCCAGUUCAAGACAUGAAAUCAACCAUGAAGUGA